CCAGCAUCAGGAAGUACCUUCAGGAAGUAGUUUGCUGCCUUGUUUGAGUGACAGCUGUGCGGUGGUGACAGCCCACACGGGACGGCAGCCCGCAGAGCCGAGCCGAUACUCAAGAUGGCAGGUCUAUCUUUAUACUUUGAAGAUGGCCAUGACGAUCUGGAUGAUUUUGGAUUUGAUGACUAUGGAUCAGAGUGCGACGGCAUCCGCAUCACAGCCUUCCUCGAUGCAGGGCAAGACAACCUGACUCCUCUGGGGAGGCUAGAGAAGUAUGCCUUCAGUGAAAAUGUUUUCAACAGGCAAAUCGUGGCUCGUGGCCUGCUUGAUGUGCUUCGAGAGUUCAGUGACAAUGAAAAUGACUUUAUCAGUGUCAUGGAGACAGUUGCCAGAAUGUCAGAAGACGGAGAGCCCACAGUACGAGCUGAACUGAUGGAGCAGGUCCCCAACAUUGCCAUGUUCUUACACGAGAGUCGGCCCAACUUCCCGGCAGCUUUCUCAAGAUAUUUGGUACCCAUUGUAGUCCGAUAUCUCACGGAUCCAAAUAACCAGGUGCGGAAGACCAGUCAAGCGGCGCUGCUUGUUCUGUUGGAGCAGGGCCUUAUCUCUAAAGCUGAUAUGGAGACCAAAGUUUGUCCUGUUCUGCUUGAGCUCACAGAACCCAGCAGUGACGACGACUACAAAAUCGAGGCAGUCGCUAUCAUGUGUAAAGUCGUCACCAUGCUGAGCAAAGACACAGUGGAGCAUCUAUUGCUGCCACGCUUCUGCGACCUGUGCAGUGACGCCAGACUCUUUCAAGUUCGCAAGGUCUGUGCAGCCAACUUUGGAGAGUUUUGUUCUAUUGUGGGUCAGGAGGCCACAGAAAAACUACUGAUGCCCAAGUUCUUCGAUCUGUGCUCAGACAGUCUGUGGGGCAUCAGGAAAGCCUGCGCCGAGUGCUUCAUGAUGGUCUCCAAUUCCACCUCUCCAGAAGUGCGACGUGCAAAAUUGUCCCCCCUGUUUAUCAGCCUCAUCAGUGACCAGUCUCGCUGGGUGCGACAGGCUGCCUUUCAGUCUCUGGGGCGUUUCAUUUCCACCUUUGCCAAUCCCUCCAGCACAGGCCUUCACUUCAGAGAGGACGGCGCCCUACUAGAGGUCCCCAGGUGUACAUUGGACAGCGACUGUUCCCUAAACUCUCUGAACUGUUCCGAAAUCAGCAGCUGCCACACAGGAAGAACCAUCGCUCACACACCUCCCAACCAGGAUGGCCGCGCCACACCGUCCCCAGAGCACGUGUCGACAGCUGACGCAGAGGAAUCACACAACUUCGAUGACAACCACACUUCUGUUUCCAGAGAAAUGUGCAGCAGCUUCACCAACGCGGUUUCAAACAGCAACACCAGCCCCACAACCACAAACAACGCUAAGAACACAAAGGACACAGAGCAAACAGAUGAGAACUUUAACUCUUUCCACUACUGGAGAUCUCCUUUACCAGACAUCAGCGGGGAACUGGAGAUGCUAAAUUGUCAAAAGUCAGAGGACGUGAUAGAGAAGGAGGAAAAGAAAGAGGACGAUGAGGAGGAGGAACCUGAGUGUCCUGAUUCCAAGUCUAGCCCUGGCAAAGCAACCAGCGACCAGAUCCAGAAGGUCUUGGAUUGUUUGCAACCGCACAUUGAUGACCCUGAUGUACAAGCUCAAGUCCAGGUGUUGUCAGCAGCCCUGAAGGCAGCGCAGCUCGACAGCCCGGGAGACGACGGCCUGGCAGACGACAGCCCGACUGAGCUGGAGCCAGAAGAGCAGACUGAUGACGACACCAGCAGCCCGUCUGUGGAGAGUAAAUCUGUGGAGGCUCAGUCUGAGAGCGAAGAGAGUCCCACAGAAGAGGAGCAGCCGAUGGAAACUCCUCCAGCCUCGGAGUCGAGCCCUGUCCAGGAGCAAGGAGAUGAGGAGACGCAGACAGAGCCACUGGAGGACCAGGAAGAGUCUCCUCCUGACUCCCCGAUUCUAGAGUCUGAGCUGAUAGAGAGUGUGGAGGAGGAGGGAAAAGAUGACUCUGCUCACAGCCCAGUGUUUGAGGAUAAGCCCAAGAUCCAGAACGUCAUCCCGCAGCAGCUUUUGGAUCAGUACCUCUCUAUGACGGACCCGGCGCGGGCCCAGACGGUGGAUACAGAGAUAGCCAAACACUGUGCCUUCAGCCUGCCGGGAGUAGCACUCACUCUGGGACGACAGAACUGGCACUGCCUCAAGGACACAUAUGAAACCCUCGCUACUGAUGUGCAGUGGAAGGUGCGGCGUACGCUGGCUUUCUCCAUCCACGAGCUGGCAGUGAUCCUGGGAGACCAGCUGACGGCAGCUGAUCUGGUGCCCAUCUUCAACGGUUUUCUCAAGGACCUGGACGAGGUCCGCAUUGGCGUACUCAAACACCUCUACGACUUCCUCAAGCUGCUGCACGCAGACAAGAGGAGAGAAUAUCUGUACCAGCUUCAGGAGUUCAUGGUGACGGACAACAGUCGCAACUGGAGAUUCAGAUAUGAGCUGGCAGAGCAGCUGAUCUUGAUCAUAGAGUUGUACAGCCACUACGAUGUGUAUGACUACCUCAGACAGAUAGCACUCACACUCUGCUCUGACAAAGUCUCAGAGGUCAGGUGGAUCUCCUACAAACUGGUUGUAGAGAUCCUCCAGAAGCUGUAUGCAUGUGGGGCCGACGAUCUGGGCCUGAACUUCAUCAACGAGCUCACCGUCAGGUUCUGCCACUGUCCCAAGUGGGUGGGGCGACAGGCCUUUGCCUUCAUCUGCCAGGCCAUAGUGGAGGAGGACUGCAUGCCCAUGGAUCAGUUCGGCCAGCACCUCUUGCCCAGCCUGCUCAGCCUCUCCUCAGACCCAGUGGCUAAUGUCCGUGUUCUGGUGGCCAAGGCUCUACGACAGAGUGUCAUGGAGAAAGCUUACUUCAAGGAGCCCGGCUGUGCCUACUCUGACGAGCUGGAGGAGACUGUGAUGGCUCUGCAGUCCGACAAGGACCGGGACGUCCGCUUCUUUGCCAGCCUGGACCCCAACAAGGGCUUGAUGGAGACGGCUCCCUUGAUCUAGCCUCCGCCUCCCCCCCCGAGUCCCAUCACAGCCCACCUGCCUGUCUACCUACCUGUCUGUCUGACUGAUGCACAGUCGGCGUAACCUGCAACACCAGCACCUGACCAGAUCCCCGACCACUCGCCUGCUGGGCAGACCCGCACCAACGACCACUUGAGAAUCAUGUCAGACGAUCGAUAUAUAAAAGUAUGAGCAUGCUCAGACUACACAGCGCAGUCUCUGGUUGGGCACCACAUAGCGCACAUUGCAUUCACAACACAAAAUGCAUACCUGUCAGAGUUCUCAGCAAAUGAGCAGGACUCAGAGGGCAGCUGCACCACUUUGUGGGAGCUGCCGUAUUCACGCCUGAACUCUUUUUCCCCCCUCCACCCUCCUCCACACUAACAUCCCUCCCCAGUCACAGACUUGUAAAACUACAACGGGCUGUUUCUCUCCAAAGCUAAUUGUAAGCUUGAUAUAAAAUUGCUGAAUUGAUUUUUUUUUUUUUUCUUAAUGCUUCUUUUUGUGGAUUUCUUAACGAACAAGCGGGCAAGGCCUGCCUGACUCUGACGUGUGCACUAACUCAGGGGGACUCAACUGAACCUAAACAGCAUUAUUAGCUUACAUGAUAAGCAGCAGCUCCUGGAUCCCUGGUGACAAAAAACAAACAAACUCCAGCUGUCUGAGCAACAGACCAGCCAAACCAAGUAGCUCUGCUGGUGUCUCUCUCGCCUCAUUUCCUCUUAAAUGCUUCUGUUGUCUCUGAUGUCCUUUUGUCUCCUGAGACGUCCUCUGGGUUAUCGUCUGCCCCCCUCCCUCCACCUCCACCUUCUCUCCUUCACUCUUUUCUCUCUGCAUUUCUCCACCUGGUCUUCACGGACCACUGAAACCACUACUGCACAGAAGGAACAGUGAUUCUGCCAUUCAGCGUUAACUCUUGAUUAAAACCAUAUCUUUUUGAACCCCCCCCCCCUCCCCUCCGUGUCUGUUUACCAAAAAAUGUGACACAACGCGUCUCCCAAACGGCAGGAGACUAAUGAAAUACCUCUGUGUGGAUAAGACUGGCCAGUGUGGCGUACAUGUAGAGGGACAUCCGCGGUUCAAACAGGCUCUGAAUGUCCUCUGACUAAAACAUCUUAACAAAGGGCUCAUGACGAAGUGACACAGGGUGACUCAGAAAGAAGAGGAAGAAAGAAAGCACACUGUUGGAUUAUGCAUGUCCCCCCCACCCUCACCUCCCCACCUCCUGUUGUGUAUAGUCUAUUCCAGUUCCUUAAGGUCGACCUCCUGAUGUUGAAUUAUGUGACCAUGGUAGUGUUCAGUGGAUCUGACUGACCAGUUGUACAGUAGGAUAUAGGAAUGGCUGUGUGACGAGACUGAACGAGAGCUGAUCAUUGUUUCCGUCUCGGUGGAACGAUUUUUAAAGUAUGAGGUCUCUCCACAUUUUGCAACUCUUUUGUACAGUUUAAACCUGUGGAAAAUGGUUUGUGUUUAUGGAACCAAGGCCAGUGUAGUCGGGUUUUUACCCAUCGAGAUGUGAGUGCGUGCGUGUGUGUGUGCGCGUGUGAAUAUUGGGAGCAGUCACCAAGUCACUUUUUGUAGUCUCUCGAACUCGUUUGUUCCCCUCUGUUGUAAAUGGUAACCCCUCUUUUUUUUUUUUUUUUUUUUUUUUUUUUGGAACAUAGACAUAACUUGAGAACUUAAAGCUGAUUGUGGUGUGUGCUGUGCAUCUCAAGUCUUUCUUCCUUCGAAAGGAGAGCUCACCGCGGUAAUGGCGGUGUCUACUCAUCUCGUCUGUCUGCGACUUGUGUCCAUCUCAUUUUUUAUGUAGUAGAACAGUUAAUAUAUACAUUUUAUGAAAAUUAUUUUUCUUUUCAAUUAUGCACCACUGUUCAAAGAUUUUAUAUCCUAACUUUACAAAAUUUACAACCUUUGUAAUAUUCAAUGGUUUCUUUUAAAAAGACAUUUUAUGUAAUGUUAUUUUUAGUAUUCUGUAAUUAAAAUUAUGAAAAUUAGUGUGUUGUGCUCACGUUUUGUGUUAUUGAUCACUGCAGGUCAGUCGGCUCUGAUAGAGAAGGAUGUAGCUGCUUGAUAAUAACAAAAUAUUUUAUAAUUUAAAGGUCCAGUGUGGAGGAUUUGGGGGCUUUUUAUAG